AUGUGGCCGAGGACCAUCCUCAAGAAGAAGGCCCUUGUGGGCCCGCCCCCCAAGGAGGAGGAGCAGCCCAAGCCCAAAAAGAAGGCCAAAGCAAAGGCGGCGGCCAAAGGUACUGGGCAAGGCGCCGCAGAAGAAGCUGCACCUGGGCCAGUGGGCGAGGCAGUUGCUCUGUCCGUGACAAAGGGUGUGAGUCAAGAGGUCGCGACGAGCCUCGUGGCAGCUUUUGCUAAGGAGGUUCGGGCAGCAUUCGGAAAAAAUGCUGUAUCGAAACUUGAAUAUGGUCGUCUUAUUGAGAAACUUGCCAGAGCUCAUGAGACGGGUCAUGCAAGUGCAUGUCGUGAUCUUCUACGCAAUUCUGCUUUAUCUGCAUCUAUGCCACUUACUACAAAGAAACUCUGUGGUGAUCGGGAUCAUCAAGUUAUCUCCCCUGUGGACUAUGUGCGAGAGCUUGCAGCCAACAACAAGCUGGAGAACCUGACUGGUGGUGAGCCUCUGAAAAGCACAUUCCGAGCCUUUUGGGAGCGAUUUCAAUAUUUGAGACCAGAUCACCCGGCACUGGCACACGGGGUUGAGGCCUGCGCCUGCAGUGUCCCGAUCCUGCUCUUCGGAGAUGAAGGCCGGGCCUUGAAGAAGCAAGCAGCUAUGGUGCUGGGCUGGGAGCCUAUGUUGGGCUUUGGGUGCAUGACACAUUGCACAGAUGACCCUGAAUCGCAUCAUGGCCACAAGCUCAACUUCGAUGGCUCCACAUACAAGACUCGGAUGCUGUACACCAUUAUGCAGCAUGCACAAGAAGACCUAUGGAUCCAAGAAGCCAUGCAGGGUGUGGUCGUACAGCACGGGCCAGAGACUAUCCGGGUCCACUUGAUUCCAGUUGGAAUCAAGUGCGAUUGGCCGGCAUUAGUCAAACUCGGCCAGAUCAAGAGAUCUUUCUAUUGCGAUGCCACGCCACAUGGGAAGGGUAUCUGCCACCUUUGCAUGGCGAAUACAGCCGCUUGCCCAGACUACAGUGGCGAUGGCUGGAAGGAGACCAUGCAGCACAGCGAGGCUUUCACAGCCCCCUGGGAUGUUGUGCCUGCAUUGGUUUCUCAGCUGUGCCCUGGUGUGGAUGAGUGGCAGCAAGCGGCGUUUUAUCGCCUGGAUCUCUUUCAUAUCUGCCACAAGGGAGUGAUGGCAGAGCUGGUGACCCUCUUGGACAUGCGGCUUUACCCAGCUCGUGGGUCCUUUGAAGAUCGGCUGGGACUGGUGUAUGAGGACCUCAAGAGCUUCGCGAAGUCGGAGAAGCUGACACUGCACAUGAGCGGCCUCACCCGCACACUGGUGCGUUUUCCAGAGAACGAUACCUAUCCCUCUGGGACAUGGUUCAAGGGCGCCGACACGACAGUGGUGCUGAAAUUCCUAGCUUCGUUCCUGCAAGCGCACCUGGGGCCAGACUCCGAUGACUACCUCAAGUGCCUGCUCCAGUGCUGCCAAGCUGGGAACAAGUUCUUGUCCAUUUUAUAUCAUAACGAGCUGUGGCUUCCGAGUGCUGCUGCCAGGAACGUGGUGAAGCAUGGCAACAUGUUUGUUUAUACAUACAAGCGGCUGGCAAGCAUGGCCUAUGCCCGUGCCAUGACGAGAUAUCUUUUGAUUCCGAAGCACCACCUCUUCAAGCAUAUCGUGCUGACGCUGGAGGAGCAACUGAAGCAGAAAGGUCCAAUCCUCAACCCGCUCUGCGAUUCACGUCAGAUGUGCGAAGAUUUCAUCAACAAAAUCUCGACAUUGGGCCGCUCCGUGUCGCAACAGAAGUUUUGCGAAGCGACGCUGCUGCAGCACAUGCUGUGCGUACAGAGAAACUGGUGA